AUGAUCCGGAAACGUCGUAUGAGACUUUCGGAGAAGAUGUCGAACAUUUCUCUUCUAUUCCAAUAUUUAUCAGUCUUAACCAGUACUUACACCAUUUCUAAUCAAGAAAACUUUGGCCAGGGUGGUGCUGGCAACAAUUAUGAGCAUGCAAGAUUACUGUACCUCUCCAAAGUGAGGCCACGGCUCAAGGCUUCAUGCGUCAUGAGCCUGAACUUUGGGCUUUGCUGGGCCUUGAUGACGGCCCAAGAAGGCCCGGCUUUGGGAUGGCUGGCCCUGGCUGGCUUACGGCUUUGGGCCGGGCCCGGCACAUCACUAUACAAGAAAGUCGUUUAUCACAACAUCGACUUAGCGAUUGCAUGGGAUUUUGAACGAACGAUUUUGGGUGCAUAUCGCUGGCUGUCGGAUAAUUACGAGGAAGGCGAUUGUAUAUUUCUAUUCGGGUUCUCUCGUGGAGCGUUUCAAGUUCGAGUGCUCUCGGCGAUGAUCGACAAGGUCGGCCUCAUCUAUAAGGGGAAUAACAUGCAGAUACCAUUUGCAUAUCAGCUAUAUGCCGAUUCAGAAAGUGGUGCGCGUCCAGUGAGUGAUGUUGGUGCCAAUCCUGAGGAGAAAACGACCAUGGCCGAUCGUUUCAAGAAAGCCUUCUCACAUGAGAAUUUGACGGUACACUUCAUUGGAGCCUGGGAUACCGUUUCGUCAAUUGGGAUUACACGUGGGAAGUCCCUUCCAGAGACAGUCACCGGGAUGGCGCAUGUCUGCUAUUUUCGCCAUGCACUCGCGCUUGAUGAGCGGCGGGUUAAAUUUCUCCCUGAGUAUGCAUACGGGGGAUCCGCCACCCCUGUGAAACCGACAGACAAAACCAGAGAGCCCAAGGGAUCAUUUCCACACAUAAAGGAGGUUUGGUUUGCGGGGUCGCAUUCAGAUAUUGGGGGUGGAGGGGCAAAAAACACUAAUAUGGAUCGUGCUCGACCACCGUUAAGGUGGAUGGUUUUCGAGGCGGGGGAAGCUGGCCUUCGCACCGCGCUAUUCAAGCGUGAACUGAAGGAAGAUGAACAUGUCAACGUUACUGAAUCUAUGAAAUGGCCCUGGCAUUUCCUCGAGAUAUUUCCAUUCAAAAGACUAACAUAUACACAUGCGAGAAAUGGAUCACCAGAGACGACUCGAAUGCCUCACCGUUGGAAAGGCCGAAAGAUCCAUCCGGGUCAGAAGAUCCACAUAUCCUUAGUGUGGGCUGCCGCAGAGUUAGCUCAGAACUACAUCCCAAAAGCACGUCCUCCUCCUCUCGAUGAUGGCAUUUCGUUCUGGGAGAAGCUACGUAUCGAGAAGGAGCAAAUCCCGAACAACUCCGAAUGGCUAGAACUCGACAGGUCUUAUCACAUCAAACUUGCAGUCCAGAAACUAGUUACUCAGAGCGACGAUGCCCUUUUGAAGUCUCUGCAUGACACAUCCAUGUCGGCGGACACUCGCCAGGGGGUAUACGAUAGUGUGAUUGACGCCCUUGAAAAGAAACAACCCACCCUCACUCUCGAUAACAAGAAUCGGCUCCUUCACACCACGAUGCAACUUCUGAAAAAGAGCCCCCGAAACAAGCCGGAUUUCAAACUGCGCACUUCACACGAUAUUAGGCCCCUUUUGUCAGACCUUCUUGCCGACACAAAUUAUCAGCAAACGGCAUGUGAAUUUGUGACCGUAUUCACAGAUUUUGCCUUUAAGGUGACCCAUUUACAAGAUGUCAAAGGCUUUGCUGGUUGUGCGAUCUCACCUGACGGCAGACGCAUAGCAGCUGGCUUCGCCGACGGGUCGGUUCGAAUCUGGGAUACAGAGACUGAUAGACCAGUGGGGGAGCCAUUGCAAGGGCACCGUCGUCCGGUCCUCUCUGUCGCUUUCUCACCUAGUGGCACGCGCAUGGUAUCAGGCUCGAAAGACGGAACAAUUCGGAUCUGGGAUGCAGAAAAUGGUAGCCCGCUUGGAGAGCCUUUGCAGGGCCACAACGAUCCGGUCCUGUCUGUCGCUUUCUCACCCGAGGAUACGCGCAUAGCAUCUGGCUCGGAAGACGGGACAAUUCGCAUCUGGGAUGCAGAAACCGGUGCCCCGCUUGGAGAGCCGUUGGAAGGACACGACCGUUUGGUCUUGUCCAUCGCGUUUUCACCCGACAGCAAGCGCAUAGUAUCUGGGUCGGAUGACAAAACAAUUCGCAUCUGGAAUGCAGAAACUGGCAGCCCAGUUGGAGGGCCUUUGCGGGGACACAACGAUUGGAUUAGGUCUGUCGCGUUCUCACCAUGAUGGCACGCGCAUAGCAUCUGGCUCGGAUGAUAGGACAAUUCGGAUCUGGGAUGCAGAAACUGAUAGCAUGGUGAAAGAGCCAUUGCGAGGGCACGAUGGUAUGGUCUUGUCCGUCGCGUUCUCACGUGACGGCACACGCAUAGUAUCUGGCUCGGAAGAUGAGACAAUUCGCAUUUGGGAUGCGGAAACUGGCAGUCCGGUUGGAGAGCCGUUGCGGGGACACAAAGGUUGGGUCUGGUCUGUCGCGUUUUCACCAGAUGAUGGCACGCACAUAGCAUCUGGCUCGAAUGAUAGGACAAUUCGCAUCUGGGAUGCAGAAACUGGUUGCCAUGGUGGGAGAGCCAUUGCGAGGGCACGAUGGUAUGGUCUUGUCCGUCGCGUUCUCACCUGACGGCACACGCAUAGUAUCUGGCUCGGAAGAUGAGACAAUUCGCAUUUGG